AUGCAGUCAGUGGGUGAAGAAAUAAAGCCUCAAAGCCAUUACAACCAUGGAUAUAGUGAAUCUCUUGGACGAAAAAGCCACAUUGAUGAUUACAGCACUUGGGACAUUGUCAAAGCCACACAGUACGGAAUAUAUGAAAGAUGUAGAGAGUUGGUGGAAGCAGGUUAUGAUGUGCGACAACCAGACAAAGAAAAUGUGACACUUCUCCAUUGGGCUGCAAUCAACAACAGGAUAGAUCUGGUGAAAUACUAUAUAUCAAAAGGUGCAAUUGUUGAUCAGCUUGGAGGAGAUUUAAACUCUACCCCACUUCACUGGGCAACAAGGCAGGGUCACUUAUCCAUGGUUGUACAGCUGAUGAAAUAUGGGGCAGAUCCGUCGCUAAUAGAUGGAGAAGGAUGUAGCUGUAUUCAUUUGGCUGCCCAGUUUGGACAUACUUCAAUUGUUGCUUACCUGAUAGCAAAGGGACAGGAUGUAGAUAUGAUGGAUCAAAAUGGGAUGACACCUCUAAUGUGGGCAGCUUACAGAACACAUAGUGUGGAUCCAACCCGAUUACUACUUACGUUUAAUGUUUCUGUUAAUCUUGGAGACAAGUAUCACAAAAACACAGCAUUGCAUUGGGCUGUUCUAGCAGGAAAUACUACAGUUAUUAGUCUUCUGUUAGAAGCUGGAGCUAAUGUUGAUGCUCAGAAUAUAAAGGGAGAAUCACCACUUGAUCUAGCAAAACAGAGGAAAAACGUUUGGAUGAUCAAUCACCUACAGGAAGCAAGACAGGCUAAGGGAUAUGACAGUCCAUCCUUUCUGAGGAAACUAAAAGCCGAUAAGGAAUUCCGUCAGAAGGUGAUGCUGGGGACUCCUUUCCUAGUUAUUUGGCUUGUUGGGUUCAUAGCAGACCUAGACAUUGAUUCUUGGCUCAUUAAAGGGCUGAUGUACGGUGGUGUUUGGGCUAUGGUACAGUUUCUUUCAAAGUCAUUCUUUGAUCACUCCAUGCACAGUGCAUUGCCUCUUGGAAUAUACUUGGCAACAAAAUUCUGGAUGUAUGUGACGUGGUUCUUCUGGUUUUGGAAUGAUCUCAAUUUUUUCUUUAUCCAUCUUCCAUUCCUUGCUAAUAGCGUUGCACUUUUCUACAAUUUUGGAAAAUCCUGGAAAUCUGAUCCAGGAAUCAUCAAAGCCACAGAAGAACAAAAGAAAAAGACAAUAGUAGAACUUGCAGAGACAGGAAGUCUGGACCUUAGUAUAUUCUGCAGUACCUGCUUGAUACGGAAGCCAGUGAGGUCUAAACACUGUGGUGUAUGCAAUCGAUGUAUAGCAAAGUUUGAUCACCACUGCCCGUGGGUGGGUAAUUGUGUGGGAGCGGGGAAUCAUCGCUAUUUUAUGGGAUACUUGUUCUUCCUGCUAUUUAUGAUCUGCUGGAUGAUUUAUGGAUGUAUCUCUUACUGGGGUUUCCACUGUGAGACAAGUUAUGCAAAGGAUGGAUUUUGGACCUAUAUUACACAGAUUGCUACCUGUUCUCCUUGGAUGUUUUGGAUGUUUCUAAACAGUGUUUUUCACUUCAUGUGGGUGGCUGUGUUACUCAUGUGUCAGAUGUAUCAGAUAUCUUGCUUAGGAAUCACUACAAAUGAAAGAAUGAAUGCAAGACGAUACAAGCACUUUAAAGUUACAACCACAUCUAUUGAAAGCCCAUUCAACCAUGGUUGUAUAAGGAACAUUAUAGACUUCUUUGAAUUCAGAUGCUGUGGUCUUUUUCGGCCUGUUAUCGUGGACUGGACGAGGCAGUAUACGAUUGAAUACGACCAAACGUCAGGAUCAGGCUACCAGCUGGUGUAGCACCACCUUCAUCCUGUGAGCAUAUCAUAUCUGAGUGGUGCCUGAAAUUUUUUUUCUCUCUCUCUCGAAACCACAUCCCUUGAAGAGUAGCAUGCUAUGUGUAGGGCUGGUGAUGAAUCUUAAGGUACCUUCUCUUCAUCAGAAUUUUAUUAACAAAAGUUAAAAUGGACAGAAUAAACUGCCAAACCUGAUAAGGAAGAGGAGGAAGAUCAAAAAGGGAUUUUAACAGUUCUUAACAUGAGAAUUACUCGCAACAGCAUAUUCACAGUAUUUGUUGCUGUUUUUUUAUUUAAGAUCUUUCACAAUGGAGCAUGACAUUAUUGAAGUAUUGACAUAAGUAGUUAUGUUGUGCUGAGCAGAAAAAUUCGUUUCCCAAUAUGAAUAAUUCCACUGAAAUGAGAAUCUAGAAUAUAAAGUUAAAUUUCAUGACGCAAAGUUCACUGAUUGCUUUGGUGUAGUUCCUGUAAUGUGAUUUUUUUUUUUAAAUUACAGAUUUUCUGUAGUAUUAUGUACAUUGAAAAAUGUGCUUUUCAAUACUGUGAUAAACAUCACGUGGCGGGGAUCCCCUGUAAUGUUCAGUUAUAGCAGUAAUGCACAUCUGGUAAUGCUAAGAAAAAAAUACAUUGCCCACAUUUUCUGGUGAUUGUUAUUGUCACCGCUUACUGGUACAACUAAAUACUUGUGGAAGCCCUGUUCUGAGAUUGUAUAGUCUGAAAUAAAAGAUUGCACGAAUAAGGAAAGCUUUUCUGUCAAAGUUGAAGCUGUGCUUAAACGCACGAUGCACCUGCAGAAGUAGGUUACAGUAUAUAAUGUUCAGGAAAAAAAGAAGUAGAAAAGAAAUCAUCAUCUUUGAAGUAAAUGUAUAAACAUUUCACAGACUAGCAGUGCUUCAGUACUGGCUUUGGUCCCCAGACAGCACAGUGUAAUGUGGCUGCAAAUGUGUUCAAAGAGUAGUUGCAUGGGGGAAACCAAAGAUGUGAAAACGAAAAUCUCAAUUAUAAAAAUAUAAAGUAAAAUAGUUUUAAAUCAGCUGCAAAUGCAGAAGAAGCCACAGUCAUCUGAAAUGCUUAUUUUGUACGGGCGUAAAAUAACGGAAACCAAACUUUAAAAAGAAAAAAAAAAAACAAGAAAAAAGCAUAUCUCCAAAAUAGCACACGCACAUAGAAAAUGUAUUGCAACAUUCUGAAGAAGGUGGUGUAUUGGCAAGUGGGAAUCACCCUUAAUGUUUUUAAGUUCUCAUGCUACAGAAAUGUUUGGAAGGUAAGGAAUCAACUGAAAUGGCAUUCCAAGGGGGCUUUUCUUGAAUGUGAUGCACUGAUUUUUGUUAUGGUGUUUUCAUAUACUCAUAGUGAAUUGUUCACUGCUUCCUUAACUAUUGUUUACAGAGAGACUGAGAAUCAGGUUAGUUCUUUUCUAAGUGCUGUAGCAACCUAGUGGUUCGAGAAUCCUGUGAGGGGACUCUGGGGAGGGGACCUGAAAGCCGAUGUCUGAGACCAGUGUAAAGAAUGUGUAUCUGUACAUAAAUAAUUUAUCAAAUAGUUUUCUCUCUGUGAGUGUGUGUUUAGUAUAUUUAAAGCUGCUCAUUUUCAUUUUAUUCAACCAAAAAGUAUAGGAAGAUAUCUAAUGAGCUUUUAGUGAUGUUAAAUAUUGCUGUUAAUAGGCGUUACGCCCUGCAAAUUCACUGCAUGUUUGAUGCUUGGCAAAAUUAGCGUUUUCUGUAAUAUGCAGAUUACAGGUAAUAAAGCAAUCUAGUGGUAUUCCCGCCCCUUGCCUUAGUGAGAGGAGCAGUGAAACUGUAAAUAGUUGAUGUUCAGUAUUUGCAAGUAAACAUUUUUUUUUCUGUAGUUGUUUGUGGAUCUCGAGACACACGCUUAGUUUGCAAGUACCAGAUAUCAGGAUUUACAGAAGUGCAGCAUUAAAGUACUUGAAUGUUUAAUACUGGAAAAAACAACAUCAUGUUGGACGCAGUUUUGAUGGAGAGGUGUGGGUGUAGGGGAGGCAAGAAGCCUUUGCUGUUCUUGUCAGACAAAAUUGUAAUCCCAAUUCCAUUUCAGUGAAAACAGUUGCUAUCAGUUACUCAUCUUUUUUUGUAAUCUCAAAGCAAAGCAUGAAGACUUUGCAAUGUCAUUUAUUUAUUUCUCGGUAAUGUUCUGCAUAUUUGUUCAUUUCUCACAUUUCUGUUGGGGGUUGGUUGACUUGAAGAACUGAAGUCUGCUUUAUUAAAAGCCGCCCAGCACCAGGAGGGCGCUUCAGCACGUGAUACAGGUUUUGGUUUUCAUUGUCCAGUAGCAUUAACUGCCAUGGAUUGUCAUGCAGUCCUUUUAAGAAAAAGUUUGCAAAAAAGGUGAUCUUUGGUAAUAUAUGGUGAAUUCUGCACUUUUCACUUGGUAAGAACUCUCUGGUGAUGGUUUUGUGAAGGCCUGUAGAAUUGGAGCAAUAUUGAUUGUUAUUAAUAUUAACCUAUGUGUGGAUUUGGGAUGUGAAGUUUCCAGUGCAGACUGUGACUUGUCUUGAGUAACACUGAAUUUUUGGAUCAGAAGUCAUAAAAUGGCGCAGCGGGGGGAGCCAACUAUGCAGCAUUUUUCUGUCAAGUUAUCAAACUUGCAACUCAUUUGUUGAACCAAAACUGCAUUGCUUCUGAAACUCAAUGAAGCUCAUCCAGACCAACAACAGAUCAGACCAGCUUGAUCUGAUCUGGGUAGAAUAAAUGGGAAUUUUGUCUUGGCCCUAAACAUGUGCUGUUCCUUUGCAGGUUUCUGUAUUCUUUGAUGUCCACCAGAUUAUUUUUUUUUAAUUAAUGUGUAAAACAGCAUCACUACAUUUUAAGCUAUGGAUUUUUUUGUAUAUUCUUUAUUUAUAACUGUGCCAAGUAUUAUUUUAAUACUGUCAAGAUCUUGAUGUAUUACAUUGUGAACAAUAAAAUCUGUAAAAUGUUUAAUAAAUUAGCUCUCCUUACAUAAAUUAAAUCUGUUAAAUUUUGUAAGUUAUUAAUCAAAUAAAUAUUGACUCUUAGAUGCAGUGUUUGUCUUGACUUCUGAUGUGGUUAUGCACAGCACUGGUUUUGUCCAUUCUCAAAAGUCUUUCUGGAAACAGAUAUCACUAAGAGAAAGCACUUCCAUCAUAUAACAAGGCUACAGAAAAGUGUUACUGUCAUUGUCUUUGUGUCCUCAGCUGUUCAGGCCAGGAUUCAGCUCCUGAGUUUGAGCUGGCCCUGUCCAGGUUACUCUGCAGUGGGAGGAAGCCUUGUGCCUGGCAGAGGCUUUUUCGGUUGCAAAGGCUGCACUGAGUACUGCUCUGCCUUUCCCUCAGCCUCCGCAUGGUGCAGGAGGGAGAUGCAGUCUGCAUCUGGAAUGAGUCUUCCUUCUUGCAACUGUGUGCAAGGGAGCCACGUCUAUCAGAGGUGUCUGGAUGGACUGCUUGUUGCUGGUCAGUGACAGGCAGAGCUGCUGUCUAGAACUGAAGCAGAGAGCUUCAGUUCAUUAUUUCCCCUUCAGUGCCUUUUCUUCCUAAGUAUCAAUAAGCCAGACAGCAUAUUGUCUGUGUUUUUCAAUUAUAUGUCUGAUCUUAGUUGCUGUACUUUGUGCACUGUAUUUUCUGAAAUAAUUUUGAUGUUCUGUUUGGUCACUCUGAAAAAACCUCAGCUGUGAAAUGACCUUUUGAAACUGGGGUCUGGUGAGGAGGAGAGGCCUUUUCAAACUCAUCUCACUAAAGCAGUAGAGCAGGAUGUGCACACAGACUUCAGCUGAAGCAGUGAUGCUGCUGCAUACCUCCCUGCACUUGGUUAGAAAUAAAGAGAACAAAGACAAUAAAAUUCUUAGCAGUACUGCAUGAUUUUAGAAAGAACACACAGCAUUCCCUUUAUUGAGCUAAGUUGAAAGUGCUUGCAGAGAUUUCUGAAAUAAGCAGAUUUUGUGCUGUAUUUCUGGCGUGCACAUGGUGACCAAACAUUGGUGGUUUUUUUUUCAGUAUAAGUGUGUGCAUAAAUGUAUUUAGGAAGUUUGAUUAAAUGCUUUUUUUCUUUUCAUUUUGUUGUUAGCUCUUAAAUUCGCAUGUGAAGAGUAGCUCUGUCCUCAGUUGUGAGACACACUACAUGUUUGAGAUGGUGGCAUCUGAUCAUGAUGGUUACAAUGACAAAACCCGAAGUAAGUAGAAUUUCAUUUAGGAACAAUGGCUUAUAUUCUAUAUAAGCAUAUACAUAUAUUAUGCUAUCAAAUGGUUGUCAUUUGCAAGAAUUUAACACACUUAAGAAUGUCUUUCCUAAAUCACCCUCAGUUUGUGCACUGAAUGCAGUUUCUUGUGACUACUGUAUAUAGUAAUGCAAAAGUCUGAUAUGAGCUUAUAUUAAAAACUUCUUGAUAAGUUACUAUUUAACUACAGGAAUUCAUUUUGAGUCGCUCUGAAAAUGUAUUUCAACUUUUUUUUCUGUUGUGUAAUGGCCUUCUUUCCCUUUUCCCAGAGGCCAGCUUUUCAGCUCUGUGUUUAGCACAAGGGCAGACUCCCUGUAGGCUGGUGGUGGUGGUGGAGGUGUGAGCCUUUGGUGUGGUUGGGAGGGCUGGAGGUGCAGGAGCCUUCCUGCACAAGUGUCAAGUCAGCAAAGGAAAGAAAUCAUUUUGUAGCAGAAGAGUAUUAAAUUCUUCACUAUGAAGGACCAAAGGGUUGCACUGGUGCUUGUGGUCUCACUGCUAUCUCAGCAUGUGCUGCCUCUAUGCUACUGAUGUCAUUUUCAGUUGUAAUCUUUCCCUGUGUGUGAGCCGUGCGAGCUCUUGGCUCACAUUUUGAUCUGCCUGUCUGCUCUUCCUCGUAUCCACGUUGUUCUCCCCUAACUCGUACAAAUUUCUCUUUGUGGAUUACUUUGACUAGGACAUAUUUUUCUAAUCAGGCAGUUGGCUGGUGCUGCUGCACUACCUCAGACUGUGGCGGUAGAUGCUGCUUGAACCUCUGCCUGAGCCCACGCUCACACACGAUUACCAUUUUAUUGCAGCAUUCCUAGUCUUGCUUAUGUCUGCAUGAACUCACUCUGUAAAGGCUUUUUUUUCCCCCAAAGGUAUCAGCCUGCUCCCAGAACCAGACG